AAAUUUUAAAUUUAUUUUCAUGUUAUAACGUUAAUCGAUCAUACCGUUAUUCAAAUAGUUGGCGCCAUGUAAUAAUCACGUGCUUGGCAGCACUGUUCCCUAAACACUCGCGAUCAGUUCGGGAGAGUUAUGCAGCGCGGUAUGUUUGUUGGCGUCCAGAUUUUUAUUUUGAAUAAUUCUGUGUUUAUUUGUCAUCUAGAAACGUUUAAUGUGUUUAACUUUGAUCAUUUAAGCAUAAUAUAUGUUAUGACGCGUUGAACUGUAGUGAUCACUGUCAAUUUCUUUCAUAAUUACAAGAAUGAGCAAGCCGGUGUUUUUAGAUUAAUACAACGAAGAAACGACAAUUUUGUUAUUACUCAUUAUGGUGUCUUUACGUCCUUCAAGUGUCAUUCGAGUCUUUGCCGAAGUGUGAAUCGUAGCAGUAACAUGUGUUCCUUUUCUUCAAAUGUUCUGUUCUCAACUCAUCAUUCAACUAAGGGUAACACGAAAGGAAAUAAAAUUUCGGCAGGACCAGACGCACCUUGGUUUCUAUCUACCCACGCCAAUGUCCGUCGAAGGGACCUUCGAAAAAUCGAAGACGAGUCACCUGGUUGGAGAAAAGAACGCGGAUCGUCAUCUCGAGGACAGAAAGAACCGGAAUGGAAGAAGCGUCUCGGUGACGAAGCCACGGUCGCGACGGUGGACAAGGUAGGAAGGUCGACGCUGGAGAACCGGAGCGCGGAACAGACAGGACGAGGAAGAAGGAAGGUGGUUACGGCUGAGUGGGUGACGGAGAAAGGACGAGGCUUGGAGGUAAGGUGGAACAGGUGAAAACGAGACGGAGGGGAAAAAAGGAAAG